AUGAUAUCCGACGGAGACCUGUACACCCUCGCCGUAUUCCUCGGCUCGGCAUCUAUGAUCCUCAUUGUCGCCUAUCACUACUUUGAGGUGAACUCGACCGACAAGCUGGAAGAGCAGCCGCUGGGGGCCUCGUCGGAAAAGAAGACUAUCGGCACCAACUGA